UGCACUUGGGUGGACAGAGCACUUGGUGGAUGUGGUCUGAGCAUCUCCUCCUCCCAGCUUUUUUUUUACUGUGCAUAUGUAUGUAAGAGCGCAAAUUUCUUUUAGGUCAUUUGCUUCCCACAGGUGCUGAUACACUGAGACUUUCAUCAUGUACCUGAUACACGGCAUCGUCCUGCUCCUGCUCAGCGUCAGUGUUCAGAGUCGUUCCAUUAGGGCAGUGGUUAAUGGAACCUCUGACGAGAUUGAUAACAGCAUUGACAGCGAUUAUUACUCAGUUUCUGCCAUAAUUGAAAGAGCCAACAAGAAUGCUGGAAAGCCAGACGGUAAUUUCACUAUUAUAGAAGGUGAUAUAGCCGUGUUCACUGGACUCCAGAAUGCAGAUCCAUGUACUUCUAAAAAGUGCAAGUGGCCCAGGAAAAAGAAUAAGAAAGUUUAUGUGCCUUAUGUCAUUUCCAGUCAGUACUCACCCUCUGAAAGAAAUGUUAUCCAGCAUGCACUGAACUCCUUCCAAAAGUCGACCUGCAUCCGAUUCAGACGUCGCACCAAAGAAGUAGAUUACAUUAAUAUCAUCUCAGACAAAGGGUGCUACUCAUCUAUUGGACGCAUUGGAGGAAAACAGGUUUUGUCACUACAGCGUAAUGGCUGUGUUUACUACAAAAUUGUCCAACAUGAACUUCUUCACGCUCUGGGAUUUGAUCAUGAGCAGAGCCGGAGUGACCGUGACAAACACGUCAAAAUCCUUUUUGAAAAUAUUGAGUCUGGUAAAGAGGGCAAUUUUAAGAAAGUAGCUACCAACAAUUUGAACACUCCAUAUGACUACAACUCUGUCAUGCACUAUGAUAGGUUUGCUUUCUCCAAGAAUAAAAAGCCGACCAUCCUCCCGAUACCAGACAAUAACGUUCCCAUCGGACUUGCCACUAAGAUGAGCUGCAAUGAUAUUCUACGUGUUAAAAGGCUCUACUGUGGUUAAAUGCAGCACUCUGAACAUCAUCAGUGUGUUUUAAAUGCUUUCACAAACCACUUACAGAAAAUGGAAAAGUUUAAAUACAUUUUCUUCUGAACUUUUGAUUCUGUCUGAGUUCUGCUUUGCUCACUUUUCUCAUUUAUUUUUCACAUGCAAUUUCAAAAAUAAUAAAAAGAAUGCAAACAAA